GCACAUUAGAGGCUUCUUCUCCCUUGUCUUCCUCCUUAAGACUCUCCCAUUUGCUUCUCUUAGUUUCUUGUUUUUUCACAUCUAAGACUCUUUCCCUUCACCAUUUUUUAGCCAUGACUUGUUGAAUCGAUGCAUUUUUCUGACGGUGGGGCAAUCGAAAGGAACCACAACGUCUUGAUGGAGAACUCAUUGAAGGACUCGGUUCUUGAUUUCUACAAUGAGAACAGGGCCACGGAGGACCAGGGUGUCACUCCUUGGACCGUCUCUGUUGCUAGUGGAUAUAACUUACUCCGGGAUCCACAUCACAAUAAAGGUCUAGCCUUCACAGAGAAAGAGAGAGAUGCCCAUUACUUGCGUGGUCUUUUGCCUCCUACUGUCAUUUCUCAAGAUCUUCAGGUAAAGAAGCUGUUAAACAACCUACGACAAUAUCAAGUUCCUCUGCAGAAAUACAUGGCCAUGAUGGAUCUUCAGGAAAGCAAUGAAAACUUGUUCUAUAAGCUUCUGAUUGAGCAUGUUGAGGAGUUACUUCCAGUGGUCUAUACUCCAACUGUAGGGGAAGCAUGUCAGAAAUAUGGAAGCAUCUUCAGACGGCCUCAGGGUCUUUAUAUUACUUUGAAGGAGAAAGGGAAGAUCUUAGAGGUUUUAAGAAACUGGCCGGAGACGAAUAUUCAAGUCAUCGUUGUCACUGAUGGCGAGCGGAUCUUGGGAUUGGGUGAUCUUGGCUGCCAGGGUAUGGGAAUUCCAGUUGGAAAGCUUUCACUCUAUAGUGCCCUUGGUGGUGUUCGUCCUUCUGCAUGCUUGCCUGUGACCAUUGAUGUGGGGACGAACAAUGAGAAGUUGUUGAACGACGAGUUCUACAUAGGGCUCAGGCAAAAAAGAGCUACUGGUCAGGAAUACACAGAGCUUGUCCACGAAUUCAUGACAGCGGUCAAACAGAAUUAUGGAGAAAAAAUCCUUAUUCAGUUUGAAGACUUUGCCAACCACAAUGCCUUCGAUCUGUUAGAAAAAUACAGCAAGACUCACCUUGUUUUUAACGACGAUAUUCAGGGGACAGCAUCUGUGGUCCUUGCAGGGAUUGUUGCAGCUCUGAAGCUAGUUGGUGGAACAUUGGCUGACCAUAAAUUCCUAUUUCUUGGUGCUGGGGAGGCAGGCACUGGGAUUGCAGAACUCAUUGCUCUAGAGAUGUCAAAAAAAACAAAUACCACUUUGGAAGAUGCUCGCAAGAAAAUCUGGCUUGUCGAUUCAAAGGGUCUAAUUGUUAGUUCUCGCAAGGAAUCACUCCAACACUUCAAGAAACCUUGGGCACACGAACAUGAACCAAUUAAGGAUCUUCUAGAUGUUGUGAAGGAUAUCAAACCAACAGCGUUGAUUGGGACAUCAGGCGUAGGAAAGACAUUUACCAAAGACGUUGUGGAGGCCAUGGCUGCCAUUAACGAGAAACCAAUAAUUCUUGCUCUUUCGAACCCCACUUCUCAGUCUGAAUGCACUGCUGAAGAGGCUUAUACAUGGACUGAGGGUCGCGCCAUUUUUGCUAGCGGUAGUCCAUUUGACCCUGUUGAAUACAAAGGAAAUGUCUUUGUACCUGGACAGGCAAAUAAUGCUUAUAUUUUUCCUGGCUUUGGUCUUGGAUUGAUCAUGUCCGGUACCAUCCGCGUUCGCGAUGACAUGCUCCUAGCAGCCUCGGAAGCUCUGGCUGCACAGGUUACGCAAGAGAACUUCGAUAAUGGACUUAUAUACCCUCCAUUUACCAACAUUAGAAAGAUUUCAACAAAUAUUGCUGCUAAAGUAGCUGAAAAAGCUUAUGAACUUGGUUUGGCGACUCGCCUUCCUCAACCGAAAAACUUGGUGAAGUAUGCCGAGAGCUGUAUGUACAAUCCUUCUUACCGAAAUUAUCGGUGAAGCUGUCGAGGUUUUCCUAGUUUUCCCUUUUUUUGUGUUCAAAUCACUUACACAUUAGCUUUUUUGUUAAUCAUUUGUUCAUCCCACCAACUUUUGUCCUGUAAGUUAAUUGAAGGGAUGAGAAGUAUGUGGGUUCUUAUAAUUGAGAUUGAGAGAUCAAGCACUCAUAGAUAGUCUGUAAAAGUUCAUACAUCCACCUGUUUUGUGAGAAAUAAAGGCCUUUAAUUAUUUUACUAUUCCCUUCAAAACCUGGCUCAAUAAGAACAUGCCAUUGUGGCAAUGACUUUCCCGGUUCAACUUUCUCUAGUUGUUGUGUAUAUUCUUCGUAUAUGCUUAUG